GCGUCAAGCCAAAGACGCGUGGCACCUUGGCUGGAAGCCCGCCGGGUUGUGCCGUACCGCCGCCUUACUGCGGGGUGGUUUUGCCCUUGCGGGUGCUAAGCGUGCUGGUGAGCGGAAAUGCGGACAUGAUUGUCGGCGUCUUAGCACAUCGUGGCAUGGUCAUGGUUUGGAGGCAAGCUGUUGACACAGAGCUUCGCUUGGCUGCACAAUGGGAGGAGAGCUGGGGCUUCCUGAAAGAACAGAGCGCAAAAGACGAAGCCAAGCGACAGAAGGUUGUGCUGCCAAAAUUGUCAGACACGAAGGGGUAUGGCAGCGUUUCCGCGGCACCGGCAGUGUCAAAGGACAAUGUUCACGAUCUUCCGGUCAGCACCCCUCGUUUGUUCCUAGCAACAUCGCAGCAGGCUUACAAGCAGCGACCACCGAUUGAAAAGUUGCACAUGAAGAGGUGGACUGUCAGGCGCGAUCCGGAGCUUUGGCCGACCAUUUGUCCAGCAAAAUAG